GGAUCUGGGUGUGGCUGUGGGGUGUGGAUAUAACUGUUUCUGAACACCCACACACCCACACCCCACCCACACCCACACCCACACCCACACCCACCCACACCACACCCACACCCUCGCCGAAAGUCAGUGAUAUGUUUGUAUAAAAGUUUCGGUGAUCGUAGUUUUCGGCGAUGAAGUACUCAAUCUGCCAAACAACUUAACCUCUCAAACAUGGUAGUUCGGCGAAAACUUACUUCUCUGGCAAAUCGGAUGUGUUGCUGAGAAUUCAUGUUCUGUCUUAGAAAACUAUUUGAUUUUCAGACAUUCAUGCAGUUUCAUGAAAAGCUAUUAAAAUUCUUAUGUGCUCGAAGAGGAAAGACCUGAUCAACCUGUGAUUUUUACUAUAUGUAUAGUGCUCAGAAUAGAAAACUGCAUGCUCGGAGAAAAUAUUUUACAAGAAGAUUUAAGUGUUGUUUUCUAAUACGUCCUGACUUUCAAUAGAACUGUUACUUGUUACACUACAAUCCCAUUCCACUUUCUUUGGUCAAAUCACAAUUUUCAACAUAGAUACCUGCAAAUAUCCUCGUGUAGAAAAACUACUCAGUCAAAUGUUUGACAUGAGUUUUCCUAUUUAUAGCAGUCAGAAAGUCAUCAAUCCAAUAUCGGCUAUGAAUCCUGACUUAUUACGCUUUUGAAAAAGAGAAUAAGUCAAUUGUUCGAAAAAAAAUUCAAUUAUUUCAAAAAAUUUCUUAUAAGCUGUCUCAAAGAAAAUUUUCAGUCAAACUUUGGGAAAAACUUCACGUCAGUUGGCAUGAAUGAAGGUCUAACUCGAUAGAGGGUGGGUGUGAGUGUUGGUGUGGAUGUGGGUGGGUAUGGGUGUGGGUGUGAGUGUUGGUGCGGAUGUGAGUGGGUAUGGGUGUGAGUGUGGGAAUGUGUGCGUGUGUUUUCCCUUUAUUCAUACGCAUACCCCACAACCACACCCAUACCCUAAAGUUAUAUGUUGUUUGUUCGAUCAAACUCCAAAGCAACAACAUAUAAUUGACUCAUUUCGACCGGAUACGAAAUCAAAUAGUUUUCAACGUCCACGAUCUGAAAUGAAUAUUGCAAGUGGUAUUCCGAAGUUUUGUUCAUUGUCUAUAAUUCAAGCCGAUGGAAAUGCUUAUAUUCGAGAUGAUACAAUGUUCAUUAAAAUUAUGAUGGAUUUUGGUGAUUUACCGAAAAACUCAUUACAAUUUAUAUUAGGUCUUAAUCCAGGAUUUCCAAUGAAUAUUCAACAAGCUAUUAUGAAAGAGGAAUCGAAAAAGCAAACUCAAUAA